ACAUUUAUCUGGAUAUACAAAUUGAAAAACAGAGUUUAUUGUUGUAUACAAGAGAAUAAACAUUGAAAUCUCAUCAUUUGUUUUUGUGUAUCUAUUGAAUACACAAAACAAUAAUAAUAAUAGUACUAGUGAAUUCAACUGACAUCCAAGAGAUAACAAGAAGCAAAAAACAAUGUCAAAUCCCAUUGGCCAACUGCAUAUCUGUAUGUUAGGCAGUGGUAAUGUUGGUAAAAGUGCGCUAACUCUACAGUUUAUGUACGAUGAAUUUGUUGAAGACUAUGAACCAACUAAAUCAGAUUCAUAUGUGAAAAGAAUCAAUUUGUACGGUUGUAAUGUAGACGUUUCAAUCCUUGAUACAGCUGGUCAAGAAUCUUUUGCUGGUGUAACGGAUACAGUCUAUCGAAGCGGUGAUGGCUUUAUCGUAGUUUUUUCACUGACUGACAUGGAGUCUUUCAAAGCUGUUGAUGCUCUUCUAGAAAGAUUUUUAAUUGUUCGACCAUCAGGGUGUCCUCCACGUGUACUUGUUGGCAAUAAAGCAGAUUUAACUGAUGAAAGACAAGUCUCAGCAGAAUUAGCUCUAAGGACAGCACGACACUGGAAUAUACCGUAUAUGGAAACUUCAGCUAAAGCAAAUGUAAAUGUUCAAGAGGUAUUUUAUGGAAUGGCUAAAGAAAUUUACAAAUUGAAAACUGAAAAUUCUCAACCACAAAUGGAACAAAGAAAAUCACGUGAAGAAGGUUGUUGUAGUAUUAUAUGA